AUGGAACCUCAAAAAGCUUAAAGACUAUCAUAGUUAAAUUUUGCUGAUAUGCUAAAAGCUUCAACAGGAUAAUCAGCGUUAUGUAACACUUAAUCCAUGAAGAUAUUCGAGACAGCAAAAGUUUAUCAUUUUAAUAAAAAACCUAAGCGAGACUAAUUAAUAUUAUCCCCCAAAAAGUAGCAAACAAAAGCCUAAGUUAUUCAAAAAGAUAAGAUCAAAACAUUUAUGCAAAGAGGAUUAAUUCAUAAGAAUUUUAAUCAAUAGAGUUUACCUUAUAAAACAGAGGAAUUAUAGACAAUGGAGAACUUAUCUUAUGAUUAGUCCAUCAAUAUGCAGGGGAAAAAACUUAAUCUACAGUUCACAAAACCAGAUACACAAAUGAUCGCUCCUUGGAUAAAUCAAGAUGUUAAUUUCAAUACAUUUGUUGAGUUAAAUGCUCAUGAUCCUAUUUAAAGCUCAUUUAUAAACGACAAGACUCGAAUUGCUUCACUUGUCGACACAUACAAACAGAUGAGAGGAAGUAAAAUAAGGAAUCCAAGUAAGUCUAUUUAUAAAUACCUAAAGUCAGAUAAAUCAAGCAUAAAUGAAUCUAUGACUAAAGAUAACAGCCAAGUUUUUAUUUACAUUAAGCAAAAUGGUACCUAAACAACUAAGUCAGCAACUUUUAAAAAUCCAUUUAAAUAGUCAACCAUUUCCAAGCCUGACAUAUAAAAUAUUAGUGAUUAGCUAAAUGACUCCAGCUUGGAUGCGAAAGAAGAAACUCAAAGAGCUAUCCAAUAAUUUAACUUCUCAAGUGGGAAAAUACCAUAAGAUUAAAGUGAUUCUUAAAAUUCAAAGCCAUUGAAUUUAUACGAAAAAGUACUUGAAGUUCCUACUCAAAACUUAAUGUAUAAGCAGAUCCCAGUUUAGGCUGAUCCUUUUAAAUCAGCUCUUACUUACUUUCAUUGA